AUGUCAACCUGGGGCAAAUAUUUCCGGGUCACCACCUACGGUGAAUCUCACUGUCGGUCGGUCGGCUGUAUCGUCGAUGGCUGUCCUCCUGGCAUGCACUUGACGGAGGAUGACAUCCAACCUCAAAUGACUCGGCGCAGACCUGGACAAUCUGCUCUGACGACUCCAAGAGACGAAAAGGACCGGGUGGAGAUACAGUCCGGCACCGAGUUUGGCGUCACUCUCGGCACACCCAUCGGCCUCGUAGUGCGCAAUGAAGACCAGAGACCCAAGGACUACGGUGGCAAGACUAUGGACCUCUUCCCCCGACCUAGCCAUGCCGACUUCACCUAUCUGGAGAAAUAUGGUGUCAAAGCCAGCAGUGGUGGCGGCAGAAGCAGUGCCCGCGAGACUAUCGGCCGGGUGGCUGCCGGUGCCAUUGCCGAAAAGUAUCUCUCGUUAGCGCACGGCGUGGAAAUCGUGGCAUUUGUGUCCUCUGUUGGCUCAGAACACUUGUUUCCCCCGACAGCCAAGCACCCAUCUCCUUCGACAAACCCGGCCUUCCUCUCCUUGCUCUCGAAAGUCACCAGAGAGGAGGUUGAUUCUUUCGUCCCUGUGAGGUGCCCCGACGCAACUGCGUCAGAGCGUAUGACGAAGGUGAUCGAGCAGUUCCGAGACGCACAAGACAGUAUCGGAGGCACAGUCACCUGUGUGAUCCGAAACUGCCCAGUCGGGCUGGGCGAACCCUGCUUUGACAAGCUCGAAGCGGAGCUGGCUCAUGCCAUGCUGAGCAUCCCAGCCACCAAGGGGUUCGAAAUCGGCUCUGGAUUCGGUGGCUGUGAAGUGCCGGGUUCGAUCCAUAACGAUCCCUUCGUGGCUGCCCCCGCUGGCGAAACGAACCCCAAGCGAAAGUUAAUCACGAAAACAAACAAUUCAGGAGGCAUCCAAGGAGGCAUCUCCAAUGGCCAGGACAUCUAUUUCAGAGUCGCGUUCAAGCCUCCUGCCACCAUUGGUCAAGCGCAGCAGACUGCCACCUAUGAUGCCGAAGAGGGUGUGUUGGAAGCCAAGGGCCGGCAUGACCCUUGUGUCGUGCCGAGAGCCGUGCCGAUCGUGGAAGCCAUGUCGGCAUUGGUGCUCAUCGACGCGCUUAUGGCCCAGACCGCGAGGGAGAGUGCAAGAAGUCUCCUCCCGCCGCUGAAGACUACGCUGCCUGCAGAGGAGACUGGCACUUCUGCUACCUCUGGGACAGUCGCUGAACAUAUGAAUGGGCUGAAAUGA